CACUCCCCGCACUAAUCAACAGCUACAGCUCACCUUCACAACCACCUCACAGCGUACAACAGCACGCACUACACGUCCUCCCGACCCCACAGCGAACAGCAUGGCUACCGAAGAGACGGUCCAGCUCAGCGAGGCUCACGCCCCUCAUCAGGCCUCCAUAGACGCCUUCGACUCGGUGCUCAGCUCGGUCAAGCACGAGCUCGUCAAGCUCCGCCAUACGCACGACAAGCACGAGCCGGAAUACUUCCGUGCCGCCAAGGACCUCUCCGACCACGACCUAGCGUCCUUCUCCGCCUCCGAUCUCGAGUCCGUCCGCGUCGGGCAAUCAGCCUACGGCCUGCACCUCUUCGGAAAAGUCAAGAUCCCCGCGCUCGACAAUGCAUACAUCCACGUCCGCAUCUUCGGCUCGGCCAAGGAGGGCACGGACGGCAGCAGCACCGACGAGAGGGAGUACAAGCUGCACAGCAUCCACACGGAGGAAGUGGUCAAGGACGACGGGGACCACGUAUACAGAGCCAUCUUCGGGAAGGACGAUGAGUUGGACUGGUUCGAGACCUGAUUAGAUACCCAUUGCGCAGGAGGAGAGGGUCGCGCGUGUAUUGUGGCUAGGUAAUGUGUCGGGCUUCCUUCCCUAUGUAUGCACUCUCUCUCUGCCUCUGUUUGCUGGCUUCCUGGAUCCAGAUUUAAUAUUAUCAUGCCUUUCCAAACCGCCCGUCGAGAUGCUUCAUCGC